UGUGUUGCUUUCAUGAAAAACGGGAUGGAGACACAGCCAUGUGUUGAUCUGCAUCUGGAAUCAUCUGAGGGGGGCCUGAAGGAGCUGGUGCUCCGGUGGUUCAUUGGGACACAGGCGCAGCGCAUUCUGCAAAAUGGAUAUUUUCCUAGCUGGUUUCAAGGCUUAACUCGAAGAGAGCAUGCAGAAGAUCUCCUAAGAGAUAAAGCUCUGGGCUCUUUUCUCAUUCGCCUCAGUGAUAAAGCCAUCGGCUACAUCCUUUCCUACAAGGGCCUUGACAGAUGCCGGCAUUUUGUUAUAUCUCAAAACCAAGAAGGACUUUUCGUCAUAUCAGGUGACUGUCACACCUACUGCUGUAUCACUGAGCUGAUAGAACAUUUCAAAGUCAACCCAAUCCAGCCUUUUGGAGAGUACCUGACAACCAGCUGUUAUGAGCCAAACACAGGUGAGCUGUAUGAUGUGGUGAAUUACAACAGCAAAGGGAAAACAGGAGUAAGUGUCCAUGCUCUGCGGAGCCUGUGCGACCGGAAUAUUAAGAGUAGUGCUGGAAACAAUCCUUUGAUUCUGGAACAAACUGGUGAUGUGCGCACCACAGUUCAGCCACCUGCACUGCCACCUAAAUCCAGAAACAAAAACCUGGCUGCAACACUGUCUGUAGACUCCAUGUCCCUCUCACAGACUCCUGCUGUUCCAAAAAGGCGUGUUCCAUUUGCCCAGAAGAGCACAAACAAAGCAGAAAGACUUGGAGAAAACAUAACUUUAAAAACCAGUAGGACUUCACAUUUUAACACUGACACAAGUCAUCCUGGUGGCGAUGUGGCUCACUCCCAACAGACACCUGUGGAUGGCAGAAGCAAAUCUGUACCAAUGCUACACAAAAGCAAACCAGAUCGACAAGAGGAGACUUACUCAAACCAGUUUAACAGUCAGCCAUUCACUAACUCAGCAUCUCAAUCCCACGCUCCUGCCAAGAGGGUCACGUGCCACACAUAUUCGCAUCAUGACCCCACAGAGUCUUUGAGGCUGAGCAACCUGUGGUCAGAGGAGCAGAGGGAUUAUCUGGAAUUGUCUAGGUCCAACCCGCUGUACCAGACCUCUGAAAGGCCUGAAUGGAGUUCAGCUCCUCGGAGAGCCACCAUGUAUGCUGAGAUUCAGCAGAAGCCAGCAAUUGUCACUUUCCCUGACACCACCUACGAGCAGGUCCACAGCAAGACCACUGAUAACCAGGGAAACACUUAUGAGUCGCUAGAUGACAUGAAAACCAAGAUGCCCAAAUCUACAUGGGGCAAAAAUAAUAUGAAAUGGAAGAAAUUCCUCCCCGAUUAUAUGAAGAAAUGAUGUGGCAUGAAGGACCUCUGGAGUAAAAAUACAGAUUAAGACUAAACAAUAGCAAAACAGAACAAAACUAUUACCGCUAGCAAUGUCCAUCCAUCCAUCCAUCCAUCCAUCAUCUGUACCACUUACCCAGCUGACUUCAGGCGACUGGUGGGGUGGACUGAUCACCAGUCAGUCACAGGACUGACAAAGAGAUAGCCAUUCACAUUCACACUCAAAUGAUCUCACAAACUUACCAUAUGCUUCCAGUUACUACCAAAUUAAAAAAAAUAAACAAUCCUUCACAAGCACCUUUCAUCCAUCUAUCCAUGUUCUACACCGCUUGUCGUCACUAGGGUCGUGGGUAUGCUGGAGCCUAUCCCAGCUGUCUUUGGGCGAGAGGCGGGGUACACCCUGAACUGGUCGUCAGUCAAUCGCAGGGCACAUAUAAACAAACAACCAGUCACACUCACAUUCACACCUAUGGACAAUUUAGAGUCUUCAAUCAACCUACCAUGCAUGUUUUUGGGAUGUGGGAGGAAACCGGAGUACCCGGAGAAAACCCACGCGGGCACGGGGAGAACAUGCAAACUCCACACAGGCGGGACCGGAUUUGAAGCCUGGUUCUCAGAACUGUGAGGCAGAUGUGCUAACCAGUCAUCCACCGUGCCGCCCAACUUUUAAGUUCAAUAAAUAUAUUUGAAAUUCUACGGGUUCAUUGCCUCUCCACUGUCACUCACUAGGAGAGCAAGCAUCAUUUGAAGCAAGACAGUUUCAUAUGAUCAUCCAUCCAUCCAUCCAUCCAUUUACAUUACUGCUUGUCCACAUUAGGGUCGCGGAUAAACUGGAGCCUAUCCCAGCAAACUUGGAUGAGAGGUAGGAUACCCCUUUGUCUGGUCACCAGCCAAAUCGCAGGACACAAAUAACUAUUCACACUGACAUUCACGCCUAUGGACAAUUUAGAGCCCUUGCAUCCACAGGUCUGUUGGGGGCAUGCAAAACGUGGGAGGUGCACCAGAUGGAGGACUUGAUUCAAGUGUACUGUACAUAGGUUGAAGGAAAUCAGAGUGUCGGAAGCAGGAUUAUUGCUUCCAUACAUUUCAGCCUGUAGAGCCAUGAAUCUAUUCAGGGUGUGACCUUCAUCGCACACAAGCGCUCAGGUCAAGCUCUGACAUUGUGGAAUUGAAGUAUUGGAGUUUUAUAGUAAGAUAGAUUUUGUUACAAUGCUAUGCCUAUAUGCAAUGACAAAAACUCAUUCAAAUACAAAUUCCAUUUUAGCAAUGUAGCAAGUACCGUUACCGUAUAUGGGGUUCAAAUUUAGUAGCAAUUGGACAAAAUGUCUAGACAAGUUUUUCUCACCCUAAAAUGUCCACAUUAACAAUAAUGGCAGACUUGGUGUAUGUCUCUAUCAUUCUAUACAAGUAUUUCAAAAUUUAAAUAGGACAAAACAAAAUUACUUUUAAUAGAUUGUAUACAAAUAGUUCAGUCUCUGGAGUGAAGAGUAUUUAUGUUUGCUGCAUGCACCACAUGUGCGUAUCUUCUUUAACUGUAAAUCAGCAGCUCAGUGAUAAAGUUUUGCCAUGAGUGACAAUCCAUUGAUUGUUUCUUUUUCUGUCUUUAUUUGCUUUAUUUUAUCUUUAGACUGUGGGCUAAAAGAGACUGCUUGCCCAGUCCCAACUCCCUAGCUCUGUCACCAGUUGUCAUAAUAAUGAAAGCCAUACUUUGCAUUGGCCCAGCAUCAGAAGAGGUAGGGUGAGCAGUGGCUCAUUUGCAUAAACCAGGACCACCCCCUUAAAAAAGGCUGAGUUCAGUGAAGAUAAAAAAAGAGGUUCAGUGUGUUGUAAUUCCUGAUCCAUGCUGAUCUUGAAGUAUUUGAACAAAAACAUGUAGCAAACAUGUUACUCAGACAUCUGAGUGUCAUGAUCUGUGCCCUGUAGUCCCUCUGUGGAGCAUGGGUGGCGCUUUGUUCCUCUUUGUUCUCUCUCUCUCCAGCAUUAAUCACCUCCUCGCCUGUUUCAAUCAGCGCUCAUCACAGCCUGCACUUAAGCCUGCCAGUUCCAGUGUUCCAGCACCAGAGUAUUCUCGCUCCUACGCGUGCCUUCCCGUGUCUCCUGCUCUGACGCCCGGCCCAAGCCGCACUGCCAAGCUCACUCACCUGCUCACGCUCCAGUCUCCUGCAUGCUCCCUGCUCCUACGGACCCAGCUUAUGGCUUGGAAGUCUCGACCCUGCGCUAUCCUCAAUAAAUCCCCUUUCAACUGUUUCAGUCUGCUUUUGGGUCCAGUCUAAGACCAUUUGGUUACCAACCGUGACACUGAGAACAGUUUUAAAUUGGGAAAAAAUGGCAUCAUAUGUCUGCUUUAUAUAAAAGAGAGACGAAAGUUCAAUGCUAUACAUGCUACUGUAUAUCUUUAAUGUGUUAUGUUUAUAAAAGUUGAAUGCAUUUAAAAAACAACUAGGUUAUCUGAUGGAUUGAAAUAACAUUAUUGCAAUUGUAUAAGUAUAUUGUACUAUACUUUUAACUUAAAGUUCACUGUAAAUUUU